UUUGGCCCAGUCUGACGUCGAGAAGUGGAUUUCGUGCGCGCUCUCAGGUGAUUUGUGCGAAUGUUUUUUUGUCGCUCUGUUAUUCGCGUGUGUUGUUCGUCACGCGUGAAAGCGUACAGGAACGAUAAGAACGAUAUUUUGGCGUGCCGGUUGACCCAUGUUUAUGCCUGGCUCUUUUGUGGACUUUUUACCCGCUGUCACAAGGCGCAUGCUCAGAGUUUUUUUUGCUGUCGCUGUUGGCGUUCUAUGAGGACAAUGCAAAUGCAAAUAUCGCUUUGUGUGUUGCUUACCUUGUGAAGAGAGAGAGAGUGUUUGACCUGCUGCUAAUGGUGGGCAUAAAUGCUGAACUCUGUUGUUACGUUUGUUGUUGUCUCGCAAAAAAAAACAUUAAAUUCGUUUUCAAUUAGACACGGUACGCCUUUUUUCGAAAGUGUCUGCUAGUGAUCGUGUGCCGACGAAUGAACGGUGGUUUUAAUGCAGUAUGAAAAGCGCGUCUGAGUGCCCGUGAAUAAUCGCAACCAUUGGUGAAGUUAAUUGGAGCUGGAUGACAACUCAAAACAUGCUCGAUUGGCUCAAGAGAGGAGCUUGAAAUAAAUUUAACUUCGAUUGGAUAUGGAAGAAUAACACCUUGUGCGAGAACCCGAGUAGAAAAGUUAACCGUAACGAAGUGCCUGAGACUGGUGAAGACUUAUGCGGUGUUUGCGAACAAAUUGAUAAUUCUAUUAGCAGCUAACGUCGACGGUAGGCAUCUUUCGAAGUGGUCAUUACGGACUCCAAUUAACACUAGUUCGUGAGCCGCCCGAGAUCUAAAGCCUCCGUGGCGCGCAAAACCCUUUGCACCAAUUAGCGUCAAUUGUUUUGAAGUAGAGUUGCGAAAAAUCCGCACCUUGCUGUGACUAAUUGCAUUCUAAAGAGAAGCCAAGUGAAGAGCACCCGACUCGAGAGAUGAUAAAGCUCGCAGUACCAAGUACUACUACUAUCAGUUAGUUAGGUUAGUUUGGUCAAGCUCCGGUAUCACCAGGCCGCCCCACCAUUUCCAUUUAACCAAGUGCAAUUAAAACAAAACCCGUAAUUGAUCGAUUGCAGUUUGAUAGAUUGCCGCUAGCCCCGCACCGCUAGAGAGGACCAGGAUUAUAUAGAAGCAAUUAGUGUAGUGGAGUGCUACUAGGUUAGAAAUAAUCGCUCGAAGGAUUUGUCGCCCGUUGAGGCACCAGCAAACCAGGAACAACUUUCAAGUCUCGCUAGAUUAGAUGCGCUUGUACCUGCUGCAGUCACAUCCGGAUUAACAAACAACGCUGCAAACAAGAUCGACCGGUGCACUCUACGCCGGGCCCAGAGGACCAAAGAGAGAGAGAGCGAGGAGAUUUGAAGCAACGUCGUGAGGGCGCACAGUGCGCGUAAAACCGGUCCAAAAUUUACAACAUCGCACGGCUUGCCGAUCUAGAUCAGCCCGGUAGUCACCGACCAAUGGGCAUAUCGGAUGAGGGCAAGCUGCUAGGGACCGAGGACAUACCUCAUGAAGCUCGGCCACCCCAGGGCAGUCCACUGGAGCGCUGCAGCAGCGGAACGGGGGGCUCGAGCCACCUGAUGAGCAGCCCCGGCCGGGAUCCGAACAGUCCGCUCUCUGAUCAGCACAGUGAUGACGGGAACGAUGAUUACACACCAAAGAGAAAGCAGCGGCGGUACCGGACCACCUUCACGAGCUUUCAGCUGGAGGAACUUGAGAAGGCGUUCUCGAGGACCCACUAUCCGGACGUGUUCACGAGGGAGGAACUGGCGAUGAAAAUUGGACUAACGGAGGCACGGAUACAGGUUUGGUUCCAAAAUCGGCGGGCGAAAUGGCGCAAGCAGGAGAAAGUCGGCCCACAGGGGCACCCGUACAACCCGUACCUGGCCGCGGGGGGUCAAGUCCCGUCGGCAACUGUCGUGGCACCAUCGCUACCUCCGAAUCCAUUCACCCAUUUGGGCUUCAACCUGCGAAAGCCCUUCGAUGCAGCCAGUUUAGCAGCGUUUCGCUAUCCGGCGCUAGGAGGCGGUCACGUGUUACCGUCGGCUUACUUUAAUCAAUUCCAUAGAACUCCACCUCCGCAUCUUCUUCCACCCGGAGUUGGAGCCCUGUACACCCCGUCGGCAUCAUUCCAAACCUUGCUGGCGAAUAUUUCCGCCGCUCAACGAGCGCCGCCGGUAAUGCAAUCGAAACCCUCCCCGCCAGGGAGUGUCACCAGUUCCGACUAUUUGACGGCGGCAAGCGGUCCACCGCCUUCGACCAGCCUCUCAACGCCGGCGUCACCGCCAGUUUCACCCACCUCAGUGCCAGUUGUUCCUUCACAGGUACCACUAGGGGUAUCCGUUCCAGCGCCGGGAUCCACAACACCGCCUCAGGACCGACGCAGUUCAUCAAUAGCGGCGCUACGGUUAAAAGCCCGGGAGCACGAACUUCGACUCGAAAUGCUCCGCCAGAACGGCCACAGUGAUAUCAUUAGCUAAGAAUCAUUUUUUUUCGAUUCCGACAUCACAUCUCGGGUAGUUUUUUUUGUUGCUGAAACACUCCUUAGUAUUAAAUAAUUUUCCCAACAACUCCGUACUAAUACACCUUGCAAACGGGAUUCCCUGACAAAUAGCAAACUUCACACACCGUACUUGUUUAUUCAACUUCAUUAAAAAGCACUUAUAACAGGGACAGCUUAUUUCGCUCGCUAUUGUCGGCAUUUAGGUAGGAAGACUCGAUAGCCUUAAGGAAGCGCCUUACCAGGAUAGGAUAGCAACCCAAAUCACUGGAAACGGUGCAAUGUAAUUCAGCAACCUCCCCAGUAUAUAAUUAACAAUCUCCGCUAAAUCAGCGUCCGAGUAGUGUUGCUAAAGUCACGCCAUUCAGUCUAAUUAAUCGAAAACUCACGCGACCAGUAAAGCAGAGCGCUAUUCGAAUCCCCGGAGGACAUGUUUCACCUUUUUUUUGCAUCUCAGUCUGCCAAUUGCUGCCACUCAAUAAUCAAGCAUAUAAAAAAACAACUGCCGGUAGUCAUGAUAGUCGAUAGUCACUUCAUUCGCAACUGCGACGACGACGACGACGACGUUGGCGAUGAAGAUUUAACCUGAUUUCAUUCUCAUGUUGAAGGCCAUCGUGUAAUUUUUCAUCAAGCAGUGAAUGCCAUCUCUGUUUACUCUUGAUUAUGGCGACCUGUAAAAUGUAAUAAUCAUCUCAGGACAUCGUUUCUUUUUCUCUCUGACUCCACUAAAUAGUGUAAAAAGUAAUUGUUGCUUUGAAACAAAAAUAAGUUGAAACUAAAGCAAUGUAUACGACUGAGUCAAAGUUACGCAAUUAUCAUCAUCAGCAUCGUCAUCACAGACAGAGGGAAUGAAUGAGUUGCAGCGAAACGGCUUCUGGUUUUCCGCUCGCGAAACCACUAAUUUUCGUUUCAUUCGAAUGCUGUCUCCUCCAUUCUUACCCGGCAGCAACAACAGCAUCAUCAAUGGCAAUCCUGCAGCAAUUUUCGUAUUAACUGGAAAAACUCAUUUCAUUUAUACUUUCUUCCUUUCGUGUGUCCGCUCGAAAGCUCCGCUCGAGUUCUCGAGUUCAUCAUGGCGAGAUCAAGGCGAUGCCCGGUUUCUCAUCGUCUGUGUCUAAGACCGAUUAGUGUGCGACUGAGUGGCAGCCAACUUUGGCUACUGGUGCUUGUGGAACUACCACACUAUCACUCUUAACAUUUGUCGGCUGCCUUUACAAUACAGCAACGGAGACGGAACGAAUUAGAUUGAUUUUAUUUUCUGUGUGCUUAUUUUGCACCUAAUUCAUAUACUUAGCCAUGUCUAAGCGAGCUCCGCUAAUGGUGGUCAAGUGGAACAGGUUUCGGUGCAAGUUUGCUGGAAAUUGAGUAAAAAGUGCACCGUAAUUAGUGGCAACGCAAUAGGUUAGAAAAUGGAGAGCUUUUAUGCUCUCUCGAUCUAGUUAGAUGUCCUGAAUGGCGGCUGGCUGCUGUGCAGCCAAAGUGAUGGCCCUACUUUGCUCUGUACAAUUUGUAACACAGAAAAAAUGCCUUAUAUCAGACACAGAUUAGCAACUGAACAUAUCAAAUUUUAUUUAAAUAAUACUAGACUAGAGCGAAACGGCAGGUUUGAGCCUCGCGUCGUAAAACAUUUAGCGAAGGUGUGUAAAAAAGCGUUUUCCUCAUUAGGAGAAAAUAUUUAUUUUUAAGAGCAUUGACAUGAUAAGCAAAUCAAACAAUUCACAUGAUAUUUAGUUACAGAUGAAAAUUAAGGUAAAAUAAACUAACAAGCAAACUGUACGAUAGAAUGCAAGCAAUGUAUUAUAACACAACACAUUAACACAUAAAACAAACUAAGUACUCUCCUGUAAGCCGGUACGUACUUUACUACUCCUAGUAGCCAGUUACUGUAAUUUGAUAGCAGCAAUACAUACAAAGAAUUGAACUUGUUUUUAUUAUAAUCAGUGCGAACUUCAAUCUUUGUGAACUGCUGAGGAUUGAAUAAACAAUUGUA